UGAGCGAGCAAGCAGGGGAGUGUGCGACUGCCAGAGCCGAGCGGAGCGAUGCCUAAAUCAAAGGAACUUGUUUCUUCAAGCUCUUCUAGCAGUGAUUCUGACAGUCAGGUUGACAAAAAGUUAAAGAGGAAAAAGCAAGUUGCUCCAGAAAAACCUGUAAAGAAGCAAAAGACGGGUGAAACUUCGAGAGCUCUGUCAUCUUCUAAACAGAGCAGCAGCAGCAGAGAUGAUAACAUGUUUCAGGUUGGGAAAAUGAGGUAUGUUAGCAUUCGAGAUUUUAAAGGGAAAGUGCUAAUUGAUAUUAGAGAAUAUUGGAUGGAUCCAGAAGGUGAAAUGAAACCAAGAAGAAAAGGUACUUCUUUAAAUCCAGAACAAUGGAGCCAGCUGAAGGAACAGAUUUCUGACAUUGAUGAUGCAGUAAGAAAACUGUAAAAUCCGAGCCAUAUAAAACCUGUACUGUUCUAGUUGUUUUAA